CCUAUUAUGUAUAUUUCGCAGGAACUUUCUGACCUCCCUAAAUAAGGGCAUUUAAUCAACACGAAGUUUGCAAUCUUUACAUGCUAUAAACCCUUCAAUUAUAUUUGACAUAUUUUAAACAUUUUGUGUAUAAUGCCUGUUGCUGGGGUGGAGUUUUGCCUUGGUGGCGCUGCAGCCGCUUGUGCAGUCCUGUUCACUAACCCACUAGAAGUCGUCAAGACUCGGUUCCAGCUACAGGGAGAGCUGAAGGCAUGGGGCACCUACCAGCGUCACUACAGGAAUGUCUUCCAUGCCUUCUACACCAUCGGUCGGUAUGACGGUCUCCUGGCCCUGCAGGCUGGGCUGCCACCAGCACUUGUCUAUACGGCGAUUCAGAACGGUACGAGACUUGGAACCUACCAGAUUUUAGUGGACAUGGGACUAACGAAGAAUCUUGCCGGUGAGAAAAGCCUUCCUAGGACCAUCUGUGCUGCCGGAGUGGGUGGUUAUGUAGGAGCUUUGAUCAGCAGUCCUCUGUUCCUUAUUAAGACUCAACUACAAUCCCAGUCACAUGAAGUCAUAGCCGUGGGACAUCAGCAUACCCACUCAGGCUGGUUGCAAGGUUUGAAGAGGAUCUACGUAGAGGGCGGUAUUAAGGGUUUAUGGCGAGGGGUUCACGCUCAGACUGUACGCAAUGUGAUCGGAUCAGCUUCCCAACUGACGGCGUUUGUUCUCACAAGAGAUUUUCUCACCGAAAAAGAGAUUUUUGUGCCCAGCAGCCUCUACAUCCCAAUCACCUCCAGCAUGGUGGCGAGCGUCGCCAUCGUCGUGUUUGUGACACCUGUUGACGUCAUCAGUAUCCGAAUAUACAAUCAAGGAGUGGAUGCUCGCACAGGGAGAGGGUUGUACUACCGGGGUUUGUGGGAUUGUGCUUUGAAGAUAUGGCGAAGGGAGGGGCCAGUGGGCUUUUACAAAGGUUGGUCGGCCUCUUGGUUUCGAUUCGCACCGCAGACCAUUCUUUGUCUAUCAUUCUGGAAUAUGAUGCAAAAUGGUUACUAUAGUCAUUUCGGCAAGAAACAGACGUCGUACAUCAGCAACCAAACAAAAACACUAUAAAACUGAAGUUCAGAUGCUUUAUUACUACAAGAGUUCAUUGGUGCUCCCAUUUCCCGGCACUCUAAUCCCAAAAGGAUCCUGGGUUUAUGCAGGCCCAUGGUUUAUUGGACUGAUGCUC